AUGUCUAAAAAAGCUUACACCGCCAAAGACGUACGGUCACACAAUCGCAGCACUGAUUGCUGGGUAACCCUCGGAGAGAAGGUCUACGAUGUCACUGAGUUUCUUGACGCCCACCCGGGAGGUCCUGAACUCAUUAUGGAGUAUGCUGGUAGGGAUAUCACUGACAUCAUGAAGGACGCUGCCAGUCACAUACACUCCAGCUCUGCCUACGAGAUGCUCGAUGACGAGAUGUGCACUGGAAAGUUAGUGGAAGCAGCAGUAGAGGAACAGCCAGACUUGACUACCUUCUCCAACGAAUUACCCGCCUUCACCAGCAUGGUCACGGAUACAGACGCUGAGAAUGAUUUCUCCAAACACAAAUUCAUGGAUUUAGCCCAGCCGUUGAUGCCUCAAAUCUUAAAGUCCCACUGGACCCGGGACUUCUAUUUGGACCAGGUCCAUCGGCCUCGUCAUUGUUCCGCAGGUGCCCGCAUCUACCCUAAUCCGAUUAUGGAUAAUCUUUUCUCCAAAACUCCCUGGUGGCUUAUCCUCUGCUACGCUCCAAUUCCGUAUUUUGCCUACCGGGCAGCAAGUGCGCUUCUUCCGCCUGACCAACUAUACGGGUUAUUCGGCUCUGGGUUCUUGGUAUGGUCGCUAGUGGAGUACUUGUUACAUCGAUUUAUCUUCCAUAUCGACAGUUUGUUACCUGACUACUGCCCUCGGGCCUUUGCACUACACUUUGUGAUACACGGGAGACACCACUUCUUGCCUAUGGAUGCUAACCGUAUUUCUGCCUCGCCAAUUCUGUUGACCGUUUUUAGCACCUCUCUAUUCUUCCUUCUUAGAAUCGUGACGGGGAAAGCAGCGGGAAUGGCACUUUUCAGUGGAGCUUUCACCGGCUUUAUGGCAUACGAGGAGUUUCAUAUUUCGUUGCACACCAGACCGCAAUGGCUUCAGGAAAUGAAACGUUACCACUUGCAGCAUCACUACAAGAACUUUGACCUAGGUUACGGGGUGACCACUAAAAUUUGGGACUAUGCAUUUGGGACCGUGCUCGAUGCCGAGGACGAAUCUCAGGUUUACAGCAAGAAGCCAUAA